CUUCUGUUAAACCGUUAUAACAAAAACAACUCGCUCUCUUCCUCUUCCUCUCCUCUUUUUUUUCUUUGGAGGACCAAAAGAGAAAAAAAAAUGAAGAAGCAGAAACUACAACACCCAACUAUGGACCACGGUAGAAACAACCCCUUCGAUGCGUUAUCGGAAGAACUCAUCUUCAUAAUCCUCGAUUUCCUCGAAAACCAACCAUCUUCGCUCAAAUCGUUCGCUCUUGUUUGCCGCUCUUUCCACUCACUUGAAUCCCGCCACCGCCGCAACCUCCGACCACUGCGCUCCGACCACCACAACCUCACGCGCCUCCUCACGCGCUACCCGAACCUCUCCAACCUCGACCUAACCCUCUGCCCGCGCGUCACUGAUCCGACGCUCAACUCCCUAGCCGGCGCGUGCGGCCACGCGCUCCGCCGACUGGAUCUCUCCAGGUCGAGAUUCUUCACCGCCGCGGGGCUGACGAGCGUGGUUGUCAACUGCCCGAACUUGGCGGAGCUGGAUUUGUCGAACGCGACGGAACUGAGGGACGCGGCGGCGGCGGCGGUGGCGCGUGCGAAGAAUUUAGAGAAGCUGUGGCUGGCUAGGUGUAAGCUCGUUACGGACAUGGGGAUCGGGUGUAUAGCGGUGGGUUGCAGGAAGCUGAAGUUGAUAAGCUUGAAAUGGUGCGUUGGUGUUGGUGAUUUGGGGGUUGAGUUGCUUGCGAUCAAGUGCAAGGAUCUUCAGAGUUUGGAUCUCUCCUAUUUGCCUAUCACAGACAAAUGCCUGCAAUCAAUAUUUAAGUUGCAACAUCUUGAAGAUUUGGUCCUUGAAGGAUGCUAUGGCAUUGAUGAUGACAGCCUUGCAGACGAUGUCUUCAAACAAGGGUGCAGGACGCUAAAGAAACUUGAUAUCAAAGGUUGUCAAAAUAUUAGUCAUGUUGGUCUGGCCAAGCUAACAAGUAUCUCUGGAUGCAUGGAGCAACUCAUCCUGGCAGAUGGCUCUCCUGUGACUGUUGCUCUUGCUGAUGGUUUGAGUAAACUCUCCAUGUUGCAAUCAAUUGUAUUAGACGGCUGCCUGGUUACCUGUGCUGGAUUAAGGGCCAUUGGAAAUUUGUGCAUUUCACUUCGGGAACUAAGUCUAAGCAAAUGCAUGGGCGUGACGGAUGAAGCUCUCUCAUUUCUCGUGUCUAAACACAGAGAUUUGAGGAAGCUUGAUAUCACGUGCUGCCGCAAGAUAACUGACGUCUCCAUUGCCAGCAUUGCGAAUUCUUGCACUAAUCUCACAUCUCUCAGAAUGGAGUCGUGCACUCUAGUUUCACAAGAAGCAUUUAUCUUAAUUGGACAGAAGUGCCAUUCACUUCAGGAGCUUGACCUAACAGAUAAUGAAAUUGACGAUGAAGGUCUUAAGUCCAUUUCUCGUUGUUCAAGACUCUCCAUCCUGAAAGUAGGAAUUUGCUUGAACAUAACGGACAGAGGACUUGCCUAUGUCGGCAUGUGCUGCUCAAAUUUAAAGGAGCUGGAUCUCUACAGGUCCACAGGAAUAACAGAUUUGGGCAUUUCAGCAAUUGCUCACGGUUGCCCUCGCCUUGAGACAAUAAAUGCAGCCUAUUGUACUAGUAUCAGUGAUAGUGCAUUGAUCUCCUUGUCUAAAUGUCCGAAUUUGAAGACCCUUGAAAUUCGUGGAUGUGUUCUUGUUACAUCGCUAGGUCUAACAGUUAUUGCAAUGAGUUGCAGACAACUACGCCGGGUAGACAUCAAGAAGUGUUACAACAUUGAUGAUAGCGGGAUGAUUCAGCUGGCUCAUUUCUCCCAAAAUCUAAGACAGAUUAAUUUGUCGUAUAGUUCGGUUACAGAUGUCGGGCUGCUGUCACUUGCUAGUAUCAGUUCCCUACAAAGUUUUGUCCUGCUUCACCAGCAGGGCCUGGCUCCAGGAGGACUUGCUGCGGCCUUGUUGACAUGCGGAGGGCUCACAAAAGUGAAGCUCCAUAGUUCGACAAGAUUUAUGCUACCAGAGCAGCUUAUUAAACACAUAGAAGCACGAGGUUGUGUGUUUGAAUGGAGAGACAAAGUAUUUCAGGCCGAAUUGGAUCCCAAGUGUUGGAAAUUACAGGUAGAAGAUAUAAUGCCACAUGAUUUUCACUGAUGAUUUGAAGUUUGCAUAUGGCGUUUGAUAUGCGAGUUUGCGAAGAAUUUCACAUGUUGCUCAGUCUUGGAUGAUUAACAGAACUCAACCAUUUCCUCCUCGUCCCUGGGCCUCCACCUCCACCACAGAGUGAAAUGGAAAAAAAAAAAAGUGUGAAUUUGUUUCGUCCAUUGGAGGCUAGA